AAUUCUUUAAAAUAUCCUUUUUCAUAUAUACUAGUUUCCUUAUCCUUUAAAUACCAUCUACUCCCUCCUUCCAAUGACAAAUCCAAUCUUACAAGAGAGAGACGACAACACAAAAGAAGAAGAACAAAAAAAAAACAUAUUCUCUCCAAAAAGAAAAUAUAGUAAAAAUGGAAGCUUCGGAAGCGAAAAGAGGCUUAUACAUGGAAAUGGAACAAAACGCUCAAGUCGCAGCCAAGAGGCUUUGGAAAAUAGUCCGCAUCGUCUUCUGCGUUUUGAAAACCGGUACGGUCAAAAGCAAGCUCAUGCUUGACUUAAACCUAAUGCUUAAGAGAGGCAACAAAGCCAUCACUAACCUCCGCCGUCGAUCUAGCUCCACCGGCGGUGCUGACGUCAACUCAUCCACACGCGUCCGUGGCUACGACCCGUUGGCCUUUAUGUGCAAACGCAAACGCCGCGUCCACGGCGGUUAUGAAAACGAAGACGAUGCGGUGGAGGCAGCGGUUAAGAAGGUUUUUGAGCUAUUAGGAGAGAAUGAUACAAAGACGGUGGCGGCGACAGCCAUCAGAGAGUCCCCGUUGAUGAUGUCUCCGGCUGUGAGACAGCUUAGGGUCACGGAUUCGCCGUUCCCGUUGGAGGACGGCGGAGAUCAUGAUCAUGUGGUGGACAAAGCAGCGGAAGAGUUUAUAAAGAAGUUUUAUAAGAACCUUAAGAUGCAAAAGAAGAUGGCUAACACAUUAGAGUCACCGUACCACGACGGAUGGGUUAGAUGAUCCGAGCUCUUUUGUGACCAACUCAGUCUGUUCACUUUAUGGGGGUUGAAUUUGCAGAAGGAAAACCUAAGGACAAAUUUUAGUAUACAUAUAUUGGGGUUGGGACAGUGUCGGUGAGUCGGUGAUUUACAAGUUUUCUUAGAUAUGUUUUCAUUUCAAUGUCGAAUACUCGUCGAAUACAUGGCUGCUAUGUAUAUAUAUAUUCCUAUCUUAAUGAGAAGAAUCUAUAUAGGUGAA